UUCUGGUUUUGCCCAGGGUUUGCUGCAGGGUUUGCAGCGCCCGCAGCCGAAACAUCACCUGGCAGGAGGUGCUGGCAGAGGGUUCCUGCCCUGCUGCUCUCCCUGCAGGACCUGACCCGCCUUGAUUGUUCAACCCGAGCGUGUGCGUGCAUGUGCGCAGAGCGGAGCCUCCGCGGGAGGUGUUUGCCAGACUCACCCAGUCCCUGGGAAGAGAACAAACUACUCCUCACCUCCCCAAACACGCUCAGCCCUGCCGAGAAAACUCCACGCGGAGCCGGGAAAGGGCUCCCCAGCUCCCAAAGGUGCCUGGAUCUGACCACCCCCCUCGGGCUCUUCACCGGCUGGGCAGCCCUGGGACACCUCACAGUGCCACGCAGCCCUCCCUGGACGUGGGGACCUUCAGCACCCCUGGCCAUGCCCAGCUCUGGGCACCUCCCAACCCACAGCUCCUGGUGAGCAGGGAAGGAGCCUGAGCAGCCUCCUCCAGGUCGGGUGACUCUGGUCUCCACCUGCCACCAUGGAUUGGAGGACGCUGCACUCCCUGCUCAGUGGGGUCAAUAAAUACUCCACAGCCUUUGGCCGCAUCUGGCUCUCUGUGGUCUUUGUCUUCCGUGUGUUGGUCUACGUGGUGGCAGCCGAGCGCGUGUGGGGAGAUGAGCAGAAGGAUUUCGACUGCAACACGAGGCAGCCGGGCUGCACCAACGUCUGCUACGACCACUUCUUCCCCAUCUCCCACAUCCGCCUCUGGGCCCUGCAGCUCAUCUUUGUCACUUGCCCUUCCCUCCUGGUCAUCAUGCACGUGGCCUACCGGGAAGACCGGGAGAAGAAGAACCGGGAGAAAAACGGGGAGAAUUGUCCCAAGCUCUACAGCAAUACGGGCAAGAAGCACGGUGGGCUUUGGUGGACCUACCUGCUCAGCCUCUUCUUCAAGCUUAUCGUAGAGAUCAUGUUCCUCUACCUCCUCCACAAGAUGUGGGACAGCUUUGACUUGCCACGGCUGGUCAAGUGUGUCAAUGUGGAGCCCUGCCCCAACACUGUAGACUGCUACAUCGCUCGGCCAACUGAGAAAAGAGUCUUCACCUACUUCAUGGUUGGAGCCUCCUCCAUCUGCAUCGUCCUCACUGUCUGUGAAAUCUUCUACCUCAUCUUCAAGCGGCUUGUGCAGAGCACACGGAGGUGGAGGAAGUCCACGAAGCGCUCCCUCAGCUACAGCAAGACAUCCACCUGCACAUGCCACCUCAAGACAGAGGAGAAGGACAACAAGUCCCAGACGAGGUGUGUGACACCCCUGCAGGCCUCAGCUCCCAACCUGACUGCUGUCUGACAGUGCUGGGAGGGGAAGGGGGAGGGAGAUGCAUCCAGGAAUGCCUGGCCCCAGAAGGAGUCACUGGUGGUGUCACCAUCAGACUCUUCAGUUUAAACUUGGAUGGUGCUGAAGGAGAGGGGACACAUCCAUGGGAACUCUCCUGCUUUGGGCACAUCCCUGGGUGUCCCCACGGUGCAGGCACACGCAGUGGCAGGUGGGUGCCAGCUGCCCAAAGUCAUACCUGAGGGUGUCUGUUCUUUCCACAGAGGUGAGGAGCUGUGAGCUCGCCCAUCCCAGCCGGUUCACCUUCCCCUUGGCCCAGCAGCUUUCCAAGCCUGCCAAGUCCCUGAACACUCCAGAGUCGACCCAUGUGAAAAAUGACUAAACCCAAAAAAAACCAAGUCCCCCAGGAGAGGCCCACAGGUGCCCGAGCAGACACAGGUAAGGCAAGGGCAGCCCUGGGAGCCCUUUUUCCCCUUGGCUCAUGCAAGUGCAGUGUUGGUGUCCUGCUCGGAUGGCUUUGCUGGCUCUGCUGCAUCCCUCAGUGCCUUCACGUGUCCUCCUGACCCCUCAUGGAUGUGUCACACACGGCAUCAGCUGAGGAUCCACUGGGCCACUAAACACUGAACUGUUAGUAGACACCAGGACCUGCUCCAAGUGCUGUAAAUAAGUGGACUGGUGAGAUCAGAAGAAAUGGAUUUGUGGAGGUUCCCCAGGAGCCUGUGGCCGGGUGCUUCUUGCUCCCUGCCCAGCCAGGACAGCCAGGCUGAGCACCAGGACUGGUGUGCCCAGCAUCUGUCCCCACUGCCUCCCCCCAGCUUGUCACGCGGCGUUAAACCUUAACUUGGCAGAACUUGGCUGGCCCCCAAGGAAAUCAAGGAGGGAUCAGCACCAAUUAUUUACUAAACCUUGACAAAUAUUACAAUAAAUAGAAAUUA